GGCAACCAGCUGUUGCUAUCAGUCGUUCUGAUUGGCAGGUGCAAAUUGCUUGUUAUUAGCUUAAUUCUACAGUUUAUUAUUAUUCAACAACAUGGCUCUGAGACGUUGUCACUUAAAUCCGAAGAAGACCCUCUUCCUGCUGUGCGACAUUCAGGAAAAGUUUCGUCCUGCCAUGCCGCUGUUCGACAAUAUGGUCAAGAACGCUGAUAAAUUGACCAAGGCGGGCAAGGCGCUGGAUGUCCCACUGAUUGUGACCGAACACUAUCCAGAAAAACUGGGAAAAACCGUGGAGCAGUUGGACAUUAGCCAUGCGAAACUGGUGUCCGGAAAAACUUAUUUCAGCAUGUUUACUCCAGAAGUGAAGGCUGCAAUCAAGGAAUUGUUUAACGACAAGCCGGAAGAUGUGGUUUUGUACGGCCUUGAGUCCCACAUUUGCGUGGAGCAAACUGCCAUCGAUUUUCUGCAACAGAACAUCAACGUCUACAUCGUGGCAGACUGUUGCUCCUCUCGCCUGAACCAGGACCGAGACUUGGCCUUGGAUCGGCUGCGCCAGGCUGGAUGCGUGAUCACCACCAGUGAGAGUGUUAUCUUUGACUUGGUUCGCGACAAAAACAAUCCCAAGUUCGAUGCUAUUCGGAAACUGGUCAGCCCGCCCUCGGUGGACAUGAAGCUCACCCGCCAGCCCUCCGAUUCGGAUGUGGGCAGCUCCAAGCUGUGAGGCAAUCUGUUUGCUUGUGUGUGUGUAUGACUUUGUGAUGAUGCCAAUUGCAUUUAUAUAACCAUCAA